AACAGCCCAACAAGAUGACGCAGAGGAAAGUGGCUCGAAGGCAGCCAAUAUUAGUGCACUCGAUCGACUGCAGAUGAAUCUGUUCAUCAACUACGACGUGAACGCCGAGCCCACUGUGCAGGGCAAGCCGACAAACAUAAGUCUGGGUCUCUCGGUGAACUAUAUAGAUAUCGAUGAGCUGAACGGCAAGAUCACGCUCCACUGCUGGCUGAGCGUCCGCUGGAUGGAUGAUGAGCGCUCCUGGAAUAUACAGCAAUACGACAACAUUACCAAGCUGCAUAUACCGGACCAUAAGGUGUGGAAGCCGCAGAUAACGCUCUUCAAUGCCGCCGCCGAUGAGGUCAACUAUCUGGUUAGCACCCAGGUGAUUCUGUCCAACGAUGGCAGCUUUCUCUGGGUACCGCCGGCUGUCUAUACGGCCUAUUGCAAUCUGAAUAUGGUCAAUUGGCCGUACGAUGAGCAGACGUGCAAGCUGAAGAUUGGCACCUGGUCGCUGAGCCACCUUCAGGCGGCAUAUAAUGCGCAUAAUAAGAAGGCGCUCGACUAUGAGGAGCUGGUGCAGUCUACGGAGUGGGAAAUCGUCAGCGGCUGGACACAAUUUGUGCAUCAGGACUAUUAUAGCUAUGUGGAGUUCAUAUUUACGGCACAGCGACGCUCCUCCAUGUACACGGCCGUCAUCUAUACGCCUGCCUCGUGCAUAGUGCUUCUGGCGCUGGCCACCUUCUGGCUGCCACCACAGAUGGGCGAGAAGAUAAUGCUCAAUGGCAUACUUAUCCUAUUGAUUGCCGGAUUUCUCAUGUACUUUGCCCAGCUGCUGCCAGUGCUGGCCGGGAAUACGCCGCUCGUGGUCGUCUUCUACAGCGCCAGCCUCCUGCUGCUUAGCAUAUCCACUGUUAUUGAGGUCGUGGUGCUCUACCUUGCCACGGCCCAGCACAAGCGUCGCGUGCCGGACUUAGUGAAGCGCCUCCUCCACGGCAAACUGGGCACCUGUCUGCUGCUCUCACAAUUCAUUAACGUGGCUGAGUUGCCGGCCUCGCAGCAGGGCAAUGGCGUUGCGAAGGAACUGGAUGAGCAUUUGUAUGACAAUGCCGAUGAUUUGAUGACCAGCCCGUUGGACAUCAAUCCCAGCGAAACGCCGUCGGCGCGCGCCCUUCAGUUCGACUGGGUGCUGCUGGCCACUGCCGUGGAUCGACUAUGUUUCAUUGGCUUCAGCCUGGUCUAUAUAGUGCUGGCUAUUGUUUAUGCCAUCUAAUAUUAUGUGUACUCCAUAGAAUAUUAUUAAACACAUACCGUUUUGUUCUUAACA